CAAAUUCAGCCAAGAAAGCUGCAAGAACCAAGAGCUGCCUUUGCUCAUGGCGGUGGUGCCUUUCUGUAGCUCCUUCCCUUUGGAGGGGGGAGCCAAGUCUGUGGCGCCCAGCUGCCUCAUUUGCUGUGAAGAGCGGCCUAGAUAUGCUGCCCUUGGCUCCUGUGGCCACGCAGAGGUUUGCUGGGUUUGUACCGUCAGGUUGCGUGCGAUCGUGAAGGACUUCCGGUGCCCCGUCUGCAAAGAAGAGCUCAGUGAGGUCUAUGUAGGCAAUGAUCACGCAAAAGCCCUCAAAGAGCUCAACAAAGGUCAGCCCUUGAAGGGUUCAAAGGAUGAGAAGCUUGGACUCUGCUUCGCUUCCUCCUCCGUGAAAGAGGACGUGGAACGACUGUUUGAUUAUCGUUGCUGGCAUGAGCAUUGCCUGCAGAGAGCCGAGUGCUUCCCGACCUUGGAGGCACUGGAACGGCAUUUGGAGUCGCAGCAUGGCCGACGCUUUUGCCCCACUUGUUUGCAAGGCCGGAAGGUCUUUCUCUUCGAGCAGAUGCUGUACCGACCGGAGGAUUUGCAGCGACACCACGACCAAGGGGACCGGGGCCCGAACCAGCCCCAAUCUCCACCGCACAAACGCUGCGCCUUUUGUCGUCGCAGCUUCUACUCCGAAGAGGACCUCCUGGAACACAUGCACAGCAAGCAUCAGCUCUGUGGCAUUUGCGACCGACAGGGCCGCAAGGGUGAGUUCUACAGAGACUAUGGCUGCCUGUCGGUGCACUACGAGGAAGAGCACUACGUCUGCAGGCACGAGAACUGCCGACGUGAAGCGUAUCGGCUCGUGGCCUUUGGCAACGAAGAUGAGUUGUGGAUGCACGAGUUGAAGGAGCACUCGGCCAAGCUCUCCCAAAAGGCCACCAAGAGAGGUGCUCGAGUGGCUGUGACCAUGGGCGCCGCCUCCUACAGAGAGGCCGGCGCCACCGCCUCCGACGCCAAGCGCGGACCGCGUGAGCCACGGGCCAUCGUGGAGGCAGUCUCCGGGGACAUCCGCUUCAUGCGCACCCGCGGGAAGCCGCCCGCCGCGCCCGAGUGCGACUGGCCCAAGCUGCAGGAGGAGAGCGGAAGCAGUGGCAGUCAGAUCAAUGAAGAAAGGUACCCUCCGCGGCCCAUCAAGCACCAAGAGCGCCGCGCAGCCGCCCAGACCUCGCAGCCCUCGCAGCCUUCACAGCCCUCGCAGCCUUCACAGCCCUCACGGCCAGCGCGGCUCGAUCCCGAACGGGAGCAGCACCGGGCGUUGUCGCAGCUGCUGGCAGUCGCUGUGCAGCGGAUCGACCAGACGGGAAUCAAUUUGGUUGCGAGACUGGAUCAAGAGGAGUGGCGCGCCAAGAACCGCCGCUUCAAGCGCGACUUGGAGGCUUCCCUGGGCGCUGCGGAGCUGCAGCGCUUCAAGGAAUUUUCCACGCAAUACCGCUACAACCUCCGCGAUGCCGAUUCCACCCCCGCGGCCGCCGCCGAGGCGGCCGCGACCUAUGCACAGAGGGUGCUGGAGGUCUUUGCCACAACCAUGGCCAGAUCAGGCGAAGCGGUCGCGGCGGAGCUGCUGUGCGACCUGGUGUUGCUGCUGCCUGACGAGGCUCCGCGGCAUCUUCUCCACACCGCACUGGACGAGCUCCGCGCCCGCGAAGAGCUCCGCGCCGCCCCGCCAACGGGGCCGGCGACGGGGUCGGCAAAGGCCCAGGCGAAGGCCCAGACCAAGGCCCAGGCGAAGGCUGUGCCCAAAGGGGUGCCGGAGCCGAAGAUGGCGCCGAAAGCGCCGGUGCUGCCGAGGCAGCUGGAAGAGAAGCUUGACACGGUCCAGAUCAGUCAAUCUUCGAGAGGAGGUCGCUUGAGCUUCCUCUCCUCCUUGAACGCGGUGCUGGACGUCUUGGUGAUUCCACGUACUCCAUCAGUGUCCCAGCAGGCCUUGCGUCGAUGCGUGAAGCAACUGGACGCUCAGCAGGCCGAGUCUUUGCAGCUGAUGCAUCAGCACCUGGUGGAUGCCGGGGGCGCAUCCUUGGACUUUGAACCCAUGGACCGUCUCCUCUCCUUGCGGCCCUUGCUAGUGCUGAAGCUUGCGGCGAAUGACGAGACCUCCGGCGCUGACCGUCAACGGAGCUGGUGGGAGUGGAAGGAGGCUGCCGCAGCAGCUGUUCAGCGCUUGGGGCAGAAGGAAAGUGCUGCGGUGCAGCUCUAUGUCUCAAUGUCCCUGAAGCAGCUGGACGACAUAGGCACAGGAUAUCCUGUCAAGAAGCUGCCUCCAGCCUGGGACAGGAAAUCGGCGCCGCCACCCGGUGCCGCUGACUGGCCAACGCUGCCGUGAUCGCACAAGAAGAUGGAGCUGGGGUGAAAGAGUUCCGCUCAGAGUGAUCUGGGAAUGACAUCCUGCUGCACAGAGGUGAGGAGGAUGGGUCCGGCGGCUCCUCUAAAGGCCACAUGGAGAUUGAUGGUCGUUG